UUAAUGUCACUUUAUUGCUCAUUCCGUUUCGACUAUAGAAAAAAAAAAGAGGGCGAGAAGCCCGUGUACAAAUUGGACGUGAUACAGGGGGGGCCGGGGCCCCGCUGGGCGCUGCCAGCUGUGCUUUGGGUGCUGCCACCGCCGCCAGUCACCCCACGGCAGCUCCGGGGGACACGGCCGGCCCUGGGGACCGGGCCAGCCCCGGAGGAUCGGGGGCAGCCGGGCAGGAGCGGCCAGCUCAGGCUAAGGCACAGUGGCUGCGAGGCCGGGGACAGUCGCUGCUGGCGGCCGCCCGGAGCCUCGUGUGCAAAGGAGAGGAGGGGGCUCAGGAGGGGGGAGAAGCUUCACAUUAGCCCCAACGGAGGGGUCAGGGCACGGGCCGGGGGGGUCCAGGCUGGGGGGACUCUGCCCACACCGAGCAGAAGGUGGGAGAGGGGGUGCGGUGGUGGCAGAAGGUGCCCGGGGGGGACUCGGCCCCAGGUCACAUGCACCCCCUGGGCUCUGCCCCACGGCCCCCUCCCACCUCCCGUAGCUGACAAACCAGAGACCGCUUUGUCUUUGUCAUGGACCCCCCGGCCCGGCCCGGCCGCGCUGGAGACGGGCGUCUUUGGCAAAAAUAAAAAAAAUAAAAAAUAAUCAAGGCGAGUGGCCGCCCGAGGGCGAAUCCGCCGGGUCCCGGGGCUGGCCCGGGUGCCCCGGGCAUCCCUGAUGGCGAGGCAGGGCCCAGGGGCUCAGUCUGGGACAGGCCGUGCCCCACCUCCCAAAACCACGGGGAGCAGCCGGCUGAGCCCCUGCGUUCGGGACGGGAGCUCAGUGCUUGCUUCGGGGCGAGGAGCAUCGCGAUUCCCCGGCCUCCCCAGCACGGACGCGACCGCCGCUGCCCCGUCCCGCGCCUGCUGCUCGGAGC